AAACGGUCGUCAAAUCACAUUCUUUAGGUACCUAAACUAGAUUUGUAUGAUCUCAUAAGGAUACCGAUAAGGAAACAUAAAAAAGGGAGGAGAGAGAAGAAGAAAGGAAAAAAAAAAAGGCAGGAAAAAUGCCCCUCGAUACGUCAACCUACAACCUCGCUCUCCUGCGCAUCGACGGCCGCCGAUGGAACGAGCUGCGCCAAUUACGCGGCCAGAUCCGGACGCAAGCCGCCGCUGAUGGCUCCUCGUACCUAGAGAUGGGAAACACCAAGAUCAUGUGCGUGGUCACCGGCCCAAGUGAGGAAGGCAAGCGACGCAACCAAGGCGCGUCUUCCGCCUCCUCGACGUCCGCGUCCGCGACCAACGGCGCGGAUAUCCUCGUUAGCGUCGUCGUGGGCGGGUUUAGCACCGUGGAUAGGAAGAAGAGGGCGAGAAGCGAUAAGCGCAUUCAAGAACUCCAAGCCACCCUCGCCAAAUCUCUCGCCGCGGUCUUACACACGCACCUAUUCCCGCGCUCGACCAUAUCGCUAUCGCUGCACAUCCUCUCCCAAGACGGCAGCCUGCUAGCGUGCCUGAUCAACGCGGCGACGCUCGCGCUCGUCGACGCCGGCGUCCCCAUGACGGACUACCUCGUGGCGUGCAGCGCGGGCAGCACGUCGUCGCACGCGGCGGGCGACGAGCGCGCCGACCCGCUCAUCGACCUGAACAACCAGGAGGAGCAGGAGCUGCCGUUCCUGACUGUCGGUACUCUGGGCGCCUCCGACAAGGUCGUCGUGCUCGUCUGCGAGAGCAGGGUCCAGGUCAGCAGGCUGGAGGGGAUGAUGGUCGCCGCCGCCGACGGCUGCGCGAACAUCCGCUCGUACCUCGAUUCGGUCGUGAGGGAGAAGGGGCACAGGAUGGUGGCUGAGGGCGCGGUGGAGAAGGGUGCUACUAUGGAUAUUGAUGUUUAGGUUAUCGCGAAGGAGUUACGGUUGGUUGGUGGCAUAGCUAGUGUUGAGUACCUAACG